AUGUUCACCUUGAACGAUUGCCUAGGGAUUGUUCGUUGCUACAGAGAAGACGCAAGCAACGAAGGCGACAAAACGGUCUACAACCUUUUGCUGGAGUUCGCUCCCGGCAGUUCCCUCAGGAAUCUCAUGCAGAGAAACAAUGAAGGGAAGCUAUCGGAGUCUAAUGUGAGGCGCUACGCUAUGAUGAUCCUUAAGGCUCUAAGACACAUGCAUGAGAGGGGUUACGCGCACUGUGACGUUAAGCCCGAGAACAUUAUUGUUUUCCCGUCCAAGAAUGGUGGAAACAGUGUGAAGAUAACUGAUUUUGGAAUAGCGCAAAAAAUAAGAGACGACAUAAGAAGUUGUAGUCUUGGAAAUGGUGGUUCACACUGUGGACAUCUUCCCUUCGCUUCUAUUUUGCAUGGUUCACACAUAGGGUCGAUGGAUAUAUGGUAUCUCAGGUACAUGGUGGCGGACAUGUUGACUGGAAAAUUGGUAUGGGAGUAUCGGGAAUUUUGGGACCUAAGGUGUCAGGUUCCUCCUGGAGCUAGGAAGUCUUGA